CUUUUUGCUGAUUGUUCAACGUUUAGUAGAUUGGCAAAGUUUGAUAUUUGUGUUAUUCAUUUAAUUUUUUUUGUGUGUGUUUGUUAAAUAAAGCAAUUGAAAAUGUGGCACGAAGCACGGAAGCAAGAACGUAUGAUUAGGGGUUUGAUUGUUGAUUAUCGUCGCAGAGCAGAGCGCCGCAAGGAUUUCUAUGAAAAAAUUAAAGCGGAGCCUACGCAAUUUUUGCAACUGCAUGGUCGACCUUGUAAAAUACAUUUGGAUCCAGCAGUAGCGGCCGCUGGAGAAGGCCCGGCGAUUAUGAUGCCAUGGCAAGGAGACUCUCACAACAUGAUAGACAGGUUUGAUGUCCGAGCACAUCUAGACUACAUUCCUGAAGUAAAGAACCCGUAUGUUCCACCUGAAGAACUAAGUCCUGAAGAGAGACAAUGCAACUAUGAAAGAUACAGAAUCCUCGCCCAAAAUGUAUUUUUGGGAAUAAGUGAAGACAAAUUUCUACAACAACUGGCUAUAGAAGAACAAUUUGGAGUGACUAUAGAAGAGAAAGAAGCUCAAAAAGAGAAGUUACAUGAUCGGAAGGGGACCGGUGCAGCUAUAGGCUACAAUUAUAAUGAUCCAGGCUCCGUUGUACAGCCUUCCACCUCUAACGGCCCAGACAAAAAAAUGGAACAAAAAGAUUCAGAUGAUGAUUCGGAUCUUGACAUCAUUGAUGUGGACUUGAGCAUUGAUGUUAAUAAAAUGGAAGCAUCUCAGGCACACGAGCUGAAUGCCGUGGGGCCGCAGUUCGGCAUGGCUGGCUGCGAUCUCUUUUCAUUCCUGACGGGUGACGCUGAUGACGCGGAACACCAGAAACAACUGUUGAGAGAGGAAAAGGAAAAAGCGAUGUUUUCUGGCAGAAAGAGUAGGAGGGAACGCCGUGCCCAUCGCUAUGGAAUAGACGAGAUACCAUCCGCGCUUAUAAGGGUAUGUGCAGACGAAUUGACGUUUCCGUUUUAUACGCUUGUCAAUCAGUCUUUUGCCGAGGGUGUGUUCCCGGAUCUUCUUAAACAAUCCCUGAUAAAACCGAUCCUCAAAAAAGGAA